ACACAGGGACAAAGACCUUAAUUUUUGGAGAAAUGUCCUUAGGUCUGACAAAACUGUAAUCUGGCUUUUUUAUGUUUCUUUUGGAGUAAUGGUUUCUUCCUGGCAGAGUGGCCUUUCAGCCCAUGUUGGUACAGUACUCGUUUCACUGUGGAUAAUGACACACUCUUACCAGCUUCAGCCAGCAUCUUCACAAGUAGAAACAUCACCUUGAACAUGGAGUCUUCUUCAUCGUCAUCAUCAGCAGCAGCAGAAUCAGCAGCAGUGGCAACAUGCAACAAAAGGAAAAGACAGAACUUCGCCACCACACCACACAAGGAGGCCAAGAGAUUAAAAACCGUGCAGAAUGGUGAGGAGACAGUGGAGUGUGAGCGUCCCUCUCGCUCACCGAGAAUCUCUGUGCCGCUUGACCGCCUUCAACAACCAAUUACAGCGAAUGAGCUGACAGAACUGCUGCAUUACGCUGCUCUGGGGAAAACAGGUGGCAUUAAACAGCCCAGUUGGUGUCGUCUCCUCCAUCAGAAGAAGGUUAAAGCGGUGAAUGUGGUGAUCGUGGAGGGCCUGACCCAGAGUCACUUUUACAAGCACUACCUCACUUUGCGACACCUCAGGACCAACUACACCACUAGGAUCACCUUUACUCCACCAUCUACCGACCUGGCGUCAGAAAUCUUCGGUCACAAAGUUCCACAAUCGGAUUGUCCGUCUCUUUCCCAAACACACAAUGGAAACAGUGAAUUGCACAAAGCACUGAGGAUUCACCCGGUCAUAACCAAGUUUGGGACUCAAAAAAAAGGACUGACAGCGUAUGUUCUCAGCCAGGAGGAGAUGAUCAAGAGACAUUAUCCUGUCAAAGGCAUGCCAGGCUUUGAGGAGUUUGUGUGCACAGACGGUGUUGACUGUGUGACUGACAGCAGUCCUCUGUACGGCCUUGACUGUGAAAUGUGUUUGACAGAAAAAGGAAAUGAGUUGGCUCGUGUUUCUCUGGUGGACAGUGAGGGGAACUGUGUGCUGGACGAGCUGGUGAAACCUCAGAACCGAAUCCUCAACUACCUCACCAGGUUCUCUGGUAUAACCGCAGCAAUGUUACGACCAAUCACAACAACCCUGCGGGACGUUCAAGUGAAGCUGCGGUCGUUGUUACCCAGUGAUGCGGUUUUGGUGGGACAUUCAAUAAACAACGACCUUGUGGCUCUUAAACUGAUCCACCAGCAUGUAAUCGACACCUCGCUGCUGUACAGGAGAGAGUUUGGGCAGAGGUUUAAACUAAAGGUCCUGGCCCAGACAGUGCUGGAGAGGCAAAUACAAACUGAAGAGCAGAAGGGUCAUAAUCCCAUUGAGGAUGCUGUAGCAGCCCUGGAGCUGGCUCAGUAUUUUAUUAAAACAGGACCUCGUCAGGUUGUAGAACUUCAUCUGAAGGAGCUGUGGGGAUAUACGAUAGAGGAGGAGUCCACUGACUGUGAACCUGCACCCACACCAAGUCACAGGUUUGCUGACAUUCUACAGAUGCUUGGUCAGUCAGUCGCGUUUUUAGGAAAGCGUUCUGACAUUGCUCUGGAUCUGUCCAAUCAGCAGUGGCACAUCUCUGACAAAGAGUUGUUGGCCUCGUUUAGGAGACAGACCAAGUGCCCGUUCCUCUCAGUGCUCCAGUUUUCUUCCCUCUCGGAUCAUCUGAAGAAGUGCGACCCUCAGCAGGAGCACCAGUAUCAAAGGGUGUGUGCAAACCUUCGAGAUAUGUGUGUAGUGUUUGCUGGGCCGUUCCCUGCAGGUUUCUCUGAGAAGGAAGUGAGACGGCUGUUUCGUUGUUGUGGCCCCGUCCGGAAAAUCCAAAUGUUGCACACAACUGUCAGGGUUCAUGCAGAGGUAGAGUUUGAGCUGCUGGAGGGAGCCAUGCUGGCUUUAAAAACUUUCAAUGGACUUAAUGUGCAGGGACAGUCCAUCAAGGUUCAGAGGCCUGUUUACGAGUCAAUGCUGGACUUGGAUCUGACUCUUGAUGCUUUGAUGUGCGACAGUGCCAACACCAGUCAACUCUACGCUGUUAAAUUAAACCCCAGUGUGGCUGAGGGCAUACACAUUUCUGCACGGGUCAAUGGACAUAUGUCAGAUCCCAAAUGUUCAGGUAUCACUGCUGUUAAAACGGCGAACGGGUUGCCCUCAGUGAAAGUAAACGGUCAACAGUUGAAACUCACAACCACCACAAAGUCUAAACUGUGUGAGGAGGCUGUCAGAGAGACGUUUGGUCACUUUGGUGCGGUGGAGAGAGUCAUCCUGCCUGUCAAACCUGGAAAACAUGCAAGAUGUGCAUACAUAAAGUUUGAGAGCUCAGAGGGCAGACAUGUCGCCCUCAGCUCCUCUGAGGAUCUCUGGAAGGAAAACUACCUCGUCAGUCCAUGCCUUACUCCACCCCACUUACCCUCAUGGGUUGCAAUGGCAACGCCAAUCACCACAGUGGAUCCUGACAGGGAAGCAGCAGUAGAGGAGGAAAAGACCCACAUGCACACCACUUCUCAGGAGCAGGAAAUGGAUCUCAUGAUGGGAAAGUUGGACCGCCGCUUGGGGAAGCUCUUCAGAUCUCUCCCAGAAGGCACCUUGUCUGUGGUCGUGAUGCUCGGACACACAAGUGCUCACCACCUUCCUGGUCUGUGCCUUAUGGAGGUCAAGCAAGCGUCUUAAGGGGAACAGCAACCAGCUCCUCCAGUCCAAUGAGCCAUGACCUGGUGUGAACUAUGUGAAAUCAAUGAAGAUUAAAAAAUAAAUUACCAAAGACAUUGCAAUAACACUCCCUUUAACUCUGCCAAGAAAGCUCCAUUGCAUCACGGUCGAUGCUUUUAGACAUGCCUAAAAAUGCUGAACAAUGUGGGGAAAAAACGUCUUAUGGUCCAGCUCCAAAAUUCAGUCAUAUACAGUACUGUGCAAAAAAAUCGAAGAAUUGAUGCUGGUUUUAAGUCCACCACACCAAAUAUUGAUUUAGAUUAUUUUGCCGUUCACUCACUUUUCUUUGUUAUUGAUACACUAUUAACAUUUCUAUUUUUGAAAUAUUUUACAGCAUUUUCACACCUGCCUGAAACUUUUGCACAGUCCUGUAUAGUUUUUUUUUUUAUUUUUCUCAGAUUUUACUUGACCUGACUUUAAAGAGCUUUCCAUUUGCCAAAAUGUAUCUAAAGACCAUUUUAAGUCAAAUAUUGUGGCCUGGAAACGCAUUAAAGCUUCAAAUUAACGUCUUCGGUACAAAUUGAUUCACUCAGUAUAAGAAAGUGAUUGUUUGGA